GCCGUGUACGCACACGCGGGUGUACUACCACAUACCCUCCCCGUCUCUCCCUCUCGUCGCGUCGUACUGCACGCCGUCGCGCCGCCUAUAUAGGCAGCCGAGGGCGGCACGCUCCGGCCGACGCGCGCUACAGCACAGCACCUCCCCAAUCCCCACACUCUCACGCGUCGACAGAGAGGGCACAGCACGCGUGAGGUCGCCAUGGACAUGGGGGGAGGGCACGACAUGGGCGGCAUGACGUCCCCGCCGAUGCACAUGCGGUACACCCACAUGACCUUCUUCUGGGGCAAGGACUCGGAGAUCCUCUUCACGGGGUGGCCCGGCGCCAACGGCGGCAUGUACGCGCUGGCGCUCGUGGCCGUCUUCGCGCUCGCGUUCGUCCUCGAGUUCAUGGGCUCCCGAAGGCUGGACUCGCUCCUCCCCGCCGCCGCGGCCGGGACCGGGAACGUUGGCAAGCGCGCGGCGGCCGGGGCGGCGCGCGCCGCGGUGUACGCGGUGCGCGUGGGCGGGGCUUACCUGCUCAUGCUCGCGCUCAUGUCGUUCAACGGCGGCGUGCUCCUCGUGGCCGUCGCGGGGCACGCGGCGGGGUUCCUGGCGUUCAAGGCCGGCCUGUUCGGCGACGGGCGGGCGCAGGUGGAGGACCGGUGCAACAAGGAGGAGGUCGCGCCGGCCGCGUGCUGCUAGUAGGUUCGCUUCGACGGCGGCGGCGCCGGUGGUGAUCGGUGGGUCUGUUCUUCUAGCGUUGUUCGUGCGUGUUCGAUUCGUGUGUGUCCCGCGUGCGAUUGACUGAAUCCAUGUUGCUGUGCUGUUUAGCUGAAUCUCCGAUGGUGGUUGGGAGUUGUGUAGCACCUGAAUGGCUGAAUCUUGAACUGAAAGGUUAAAAUUCCCGUGAUGACUGAUGAACUGUGAAUCUGUGCUCCGUCGGAAAAAAAGAUAUAUCUCUUGGCUGUAUCUUCUUCACACGCCAUACUCGAUUUAUGGUUGGGAAGUUGUGCCUUCUUGAA